CUUGGAGGAGGUGGGAGCAAUACAUCGAGCUCAUAUUAUAAAGAUUCGUUGUCUCUUUAUUACUAUAUAAAACGACAGGCGAAUAUAUGCAUUUGUAGUUGUAUGCUAGCAAGUACAAAUAUAUCACUUCAAAGGUAUCUUGAGCGUCGAUGUUAAUAGAGCAAAUCGGUGGUGACCAACAACAAGCCUGGGCAGCCUUUUUCCUCGUCUUCAUGCUACUAGAUCUCCUGGCGUAGCUAAUUGCUUUUAACGGUCCCAGCUGCAAGAGCCAUAAGGAGAGAUGUGGGAUCAGGGUGGACAGCCCUGGCCACAGUGGCCUUUGAGCCAGCAGCAGUGGAUGCAGUCCUUUCAACACCAGCAGGAUCCAGGUCAGGUGGACUGGGCAGCACUGGCCCAAGCCUGGAUUGCUCAGAAAGAAUCAACGGGUACCCCAGUGGACCAGCAGCCCCUUCAGCCGAAUGGGCAAGAGGUCCAAAACCUGGAGCCUGUGCCAAACAACCACGGAAACUUCCAGAAUGACCAGUCAUUCAACCGGAUGUGGCAGCCAGAAUGGGGGAUGCACGGGCAGCCGCCUCCCCCGCCCCCUGAACAGGCCUGGAUCCCCCCCGGGCCCGGGCCCAUGGAAGUGGCACCCCCCUCUGAGGACAGCAACAGUCAGGACAGUCUGGAGUUCGGGUCGGACGCCCUGCACGGGGCGUUCCCCCAGAACAGCCACGGCUUCUCGAACACCCCCGACAGCUUCUCCAUGGCCCCCAUGGCCGUCAACCAGUUUGACUACCAGCAUGGGGCUGCUGCUUUCGGACCCCCCUCCACAGGGUUCCACCCCCCGUACUGGCAGCAGGGCCCGCCCCAGAACAGGCGGGACAGACCCCCGGCUUUCCGCGAGCGUCAGAGGUCCCCCAUGCAGCUGCCCAAGCAGGAGCCCCCAGCUCUGGAUGCAGUGAAGCGGCGCACUCUGCCCGCGUGGAUCAGGGAGGGGCUGGAGAAGAUGGACAGAGAGAAGCAGAAGAAGCUGGAGAAGGAGAGGAUGGAAAGACAGAGAGCCGAAAUGGCCAAAGAUGAGGAGAGAGAGAGCGACUUGGCAGAAGAGGAAGGCGAUGGACCUAGACUGCCUCGAAAAAGCAAAUUUGACAGUGAUGAUGAGGACGAGGAGCAAGAGGAGGAGGAGGUGCGAGCUCCCGUAAGAAAAAAGGAGUUUGUGAGCCGGAGCCCGUCCCCUCCCGUGGAAGACCAGAGCGAGCCAGAGCUGACUGAGGAGGAGAGAGAGUUCCAGUUGAUGUUGUUGACCAAAACCCUUCUGACGGAAGUGUUGUUGGAGGUCACCAACGAGGAGAUCUUCCAGGUGGCCAAAGAGACCCACCGCAAGGCGACUAAAGCUCCUGCCAAACAGCUGGCACAGUCAAGUGCACUGGCUUCUCUGACCGGCCUCGGGGGACUGGGGGAUUAUGGCUCUGACGAGAGCGAGGGGGAGGAGGAGGAACGCAGCGCCGGGGGCUCGGAGUCAUCCGACACGGACGAGGAGGAGCUACGACACCGCAUCCGGCAAAAGCAGGAUGCCUUCCGCCGCCAGGAGAGGGAGCUGCUGCUGCAGCAGGAGAGACACGCGCUGGAGGGACAGCGUGCACACGAAGACAUGGCAGCAGGGGACAGAGGGGGCAGGGACAGGGGGGACAGUGAGGAGGAGCAGGCAGGCAGCCCAGAGAAACAGGAAGUGAGGGAGAGGGAGGCGGAGCCGGCUGCAGAGAGGCGCAGGUCCCGCAUCGAGCCGGAGGUCGGCGAGGUCAGGCGGGCGGGCGCCGGGCGGGAGCGGGCGGGGCGGGGCGGAGGGAGCGGAAGCGCCACGCCCAGCGAGGCCCGCAGCGGCGGCAGCAGCUCGCGCUCCAGCUCCAGCAGCUCCUCCAGCCGCUCCUCGUCCUCCUCGUCCUCCUCGUCGGGCUCCUCCCGCAGCUCGUCCCGCUCCUCCUCCCCGCCGCGGCGGAAGAGGCGGCGCAGCAGCCGCUCGGGCUCCCGCCGGGCGCGGCCCCGCAGCCGGAGCCGCAGCCGGAGCUCGCGCAGACGGCGCGGCGGCGGCGGGGCCCGCGAGAGGAGGCGGGGCAGCCGGGCCCGCAGCGCCGGCCGCCGGAGGAACCGCUCCCGCUCCCGCGAGCGCCGCUCCAGCAGGGGGCGCAAGAGCAGGUCCAAGGACAGGGCCAGCCGCAGCCGGAGCAGCCGGGAGCGCAAGCGCAGCCGGGACCGCAGCCGAAGCAGCCGGCGCAAGCAGAAAGCCGUCAGCAAGGACAGGAGCCGCAGCCGCGAGAAAGACAGGAAGAAAAAGGAGAAAGAGUCAGAGAGGAAGAAAGACAAGCAGAAAGUCAAGGAGAAGGAGAGGAGGCAGGAGAGGGAGAGUAGCUCCACAGUGCAGGAGGAGAGGAAUGGCAGGUCUAAGAGGAGGAAGGAAAGCGAGCACACGGACUCCCACGGCGAAGCCGCCAAACUCUCCCGGCAGGAUAGCAAGGCUAGUAAGAAGGGCUCGGGUAAGCCCAGCAGGAAGUCGUCCGACUCGGAAACGAGCAGGAGCAGGUCUCCUUCCCCUCAGAUUAGCAAGGAAAAGAAAUCCAAAAAGUCCAAACGUAGUCGUUCAAGAUCGACGGAAAAAUCUCACAAGUCUGGUAAGAAGGCAAGCCGCAAACACAAGUCUAAGUCACCAUCAAGGUCAAACUCUCCCGCCCGUCGCUGGCGUUGAGGAGUAGUUCCUCCCUUGAUACGUGCACUUAUUUUAAAAUUCCAUGAGUUUUAAAGGCUUGUCUCAUUAUAGAGGCAACGGUGUAGGUGACCUCGCCCCUGCCCCUCCCCCAGGCCUAGUUCCCCUCCCCUCCCCUCCCCUCCCAUUGACACAGAAACUAUGUAAAUAAGUGUAAUAUUUUUAAGGUCUGUCUGCAAUACAGGACAUUUUGAACGCUAGGUUUUGACUUGUACGACACAAAGCCAAGGAGGGUUAGUUGUCAGUAGAAUCUUGAAGUUGUAACAUUUUAAAAACACAAAAAAGUGAAGACUCCACAUAUUGUAAAUUGUUGUCCAAUAAAAAUGAGUGGUUCUGGC